GAUUAUAAGAAAUGACAGUAAAAAGGAUUCCAUUUUUAAACUCGUUUAAUUGAUUAAAAUUACAAAAUCAAUUAUUAUAGUCACUCAUAAUGCUUUUGAUAAAAAUAACAUAGAUUUUAUACGUUAAAUUGGAGUGAGGAUUAUGAUGUUGCCUCGGUAAAAGAAAAUUUUUGGAACAUCCAGUCUGACAGCUGUGUAAAACAAAGCGAAAUUUUGUAACCAGUGCAUAGAGGUCUAUUCAAAAUGUUCUCUAAAGAUUUUACAAGUAAAGAGUCAUUCUUAGAACAAACAAAAGCUGCUCGGGAAGAGCGGGCUUUGGAAAAGAAACGAGAAGCUUCAGUAGUAAAAAUCCAGGCUCUUGUACGGGGCUGGUUACAGAGACAUAAGUUCGUCAAGAUAAUUUUAAAUGAAUUUGAUGAAUUACUAUUACAAGCAUCAGAUGGUUCUCAUGAUGAUACACAAAAAUCUACUGAACUCCUUCCUGCACUAUCUGUGUUCAAGUCAUCUUGCCGUUUAUUAAUUGUGUUUGAUGGUGAAAGAGACAGAAAAAGAUUUGAAAAACUUUGCAAAUAUAUCACCAAUAGUCUACAUUCGGAGUCCAUUAAAUUGUCUUAUGUUGGAGUUUUUCUUAAUAAGGAGUACAGUUUAAGAUGGAUAUCACAUAUAAAAGAUGUUCUGUUUAAAUGUUGCCAAUACCUUGAACAGCUUAAACCAGAAUCUCCCAUGGAUAUGCAGAGCAUUCUUAUUCAUCUCCAUACACUACUUGCCUACACUGGGAGCAGCACAUGGGCACUGACGCGCCUUAAAAACUUUGAAAAGUUAAGAGGCGGCAUGAAUCAACUCUGUGCUAAUGUCAUGGGAUCACUGUUUCAUAAAGGAUAUUACUUAACCUUAAAAUCGUUAUUGUUGCGUGGUCUGUGUCGGGAAAAAGUGUUCCUCAAGAAUAUUUCCUUAACCGCCAUAGUGACAUUAUCACUGCGACCACUUAUAUCAGCACAAUUUUCCGAGAAACUACUCACAAUGUACAUAAUCCAGAUUUUGUCAGUUCCAACACUAGUCUAUCAAAUGCAGCAACUUUCUCCUGAAUCAAUAGCAGCAUAUAGAACUCAUUCAAUGUUCGAUAAAAGCAUAGAGUUUUUGAGCACCGAUCAAAACAUGCGUAUUGUAUUCAAUACAUUAGAAGGGAACUAUGCACUUUGUCUUCUCGGAAAUCUCAUACAGUUGGCACACUUAGAAAAAGAUCAUGCUAUGAAGGAAACUUAUUACCCUGCAUUCAUAUUAGUAUCUACACGUUUCUUAGACUCAUGCCAGCAAUAUGUCGUGUGCAAGAAAGGAAAUCUUAGCAACUGGCAUCCCAUCUUGGGAUGGUUUUCACAAAGCUUGGACGCGUACUUGCCUCAUGCUAUGACCAAUCUGAGAAAUCAGUUAUCUUUGUUAUGGGGAACUCAGUUACUCAAUAAAAUCCUAGCUGUUCCUCUAAAAGAGAUGUUAGAUGCUGGUAUUACAGCUGAAGAGGGCGCUGGACCGUCACAGCCAUCUACUCCCGUGCAAAGUAAUAAUCCUGCUGCAUUUAUAAGGAGAGCUAUUGAGGCUAGGACCAACAGGUCCAAUUCAAGCAAAAACUUUAGAAAAUUAGGAUCGCCGGAUUGCACGAAAGCUGCGUUAAUUUGUUCUAUGUACCAAACUGCUCUGCAAACUAUGACUCAAGUGAAACUAGAUAUUCUAACAGGGUUAAGCAAUCAGGAGAAUAUAUUGUAUUCAUUAUGGCAAUUUCUCUGUACUUUGGGACCAAACUGUGGAUUGAAAUCCUACCUCGAUUUGUUAGCCGUUAACACAAAGACCUCGGCUCCAGAAUUUCAAAUGUUGGUGCUAUUUGCGGACUGCAUGACUCAUUAUGUUACAAUUUUAGAUGAUAUGGAAAUGUAUGAGAAACAGGAUCCUUUUAAACUGCAAGAUUUCAUAAACAUGUCACAGUUCCUGAAUAUGUUUGUCUACAAAACGAUUAUGGGACAGCUUUUUGAUCUCAAAACAAUCCAAAGCAAUGAUUUAUUUAAUUCGCUGCACACGCUACUGCUGGUGCUGUACCGUCGCGACUGCCGGCGCUCGUACACGCCCGCCCACCACUGGCUCGUUAAGGAGAUACGGGAGGGGCAGUUCAUGUCCGAUCUGGAGAAGGGCAAGAAACCGCAGCAGAUGCUAGUACAAAAGACUCCUCACAUGAUCGCUCACGGAGAAAGGGUCCGAUUGUUCCGGAGGGCUGUCGCUGAUGAAAAGGUGGUGCUGGGGCUGACGGAGAGCGCGUGCGGCGGGCGCUCGACGCUGGUGACGGUGCGGCGCGCGCGGCUGGUGGAGGACGGCUACCGGCAGCUGGCGGCGCUGCCGUCCCGCGCGCUGCGGGGCUGCGUGCGCGUGCGCUUCAUCAACGAGCAGGGACUCGACGAAGCCGGCAUCGACCAGGACGGCGUGUUCAAGGAAUUUCUCGAAGAAACAAUAAAACGCGUGUUCGAUCCAUCUCUGAAUCUGUUCCGUGUGACGAGCGAGGAGCGCCUGUACCCGUCGCCGACGUCGUGCCUGCAAGAGAACCAUCUUCAACUCUUCGAGUUCAUCGGCAGGAUGCUAGGGAAAGCUGUUUAUGAGGGCAUCGUGGUGGACGUCCCGUUCGCGUCGUUCUUCCUGAGUCAAGUCCUGGGCCAGACCCAGCAGGCGCUGUACAGCUGGAUCGACGAGCUGCCCUCCCUCGACCGCGACCUCUAUCGGAGUCUCACAUACAUCAAACACUUUCAGGGAGAUAUUUGUUCGCUGGAGCUGACGUUCUCCGUGGAUGAGGAACGUCUGGGGGAAAUAGUGACGCACGAGCUGGUGCCGGGCGGUAAAGGCAUCCCCGUCACCAACGAGAACAAAAUAAACUACAUUCACCUGAUGGCUCAUUUCCGGAUGCACAUGCAAAUCAAGGACCAGACGAACGCUUUCAUCAAAGGGUUCAGAACCAUCAUCAACCCCGAGUGGCUUUCGUUGUUCUCCACCCCAGAGCUGCAGCGGCUGAUCAGCGGCGACAACGUGCCCCUGGACCUGCGCGACCUGCGCCGCCACACGCAGUACUACGGCGGCUUCCACGACUCGCACCGCGUCGUCUGCUGGCUGUGGGACGUGCUGCAGCGCGACUUCACCGAGCACGAGCGCGCCAUGUUCCUCAAGUUUGUGACGUCAUGCUCGAAGCCGCCUGUACUUGGAUUCGCCCAUCUAAAGCCCCCGUUCUCGAUACGGUGCGUUGAAGUUGGCGACGAUGAAGACACCGGAGACACCAUAGGCAGCGUGAUUCGCGGCUUCUUCACGAUAAGGAAGAAGGACCCUCUGAACCGGCUGCCGACCUCGUCGACCUGCUUCAACCUGCUCAAGCUGCCCAACUACCAGAAGCGGAGCACGCUGCGCGACAAGCUGCGGUACGCGGUCAACAGCAACACCGGCUUCGAACUGUCUUAGGGCGCGCUCGCGAUACAAACUGCAACACACUAGCCACCCGCCCUCGCCUCGCUUCGGAAACUGUAAUUUAUUAUUGAUUUCUCCACUAUUUAAUGGAUGCUAUUAUACAUAUAAACCUUCCUCUUCAAUCACUCUAUCUAUUAAAAAAAACCGCAUCAAAAUCCGUUGCGUAGUUUUAAAGAUUUAAGCAUACAUAGGGAUAUAGGGACAGAGAAAGCGACUUUGUUUUAUACUAUGUAGUAAUUCACGUUUAGUCUCGUCGUGUCUUACGAUGUUUUCAUAAAGUCGUACCAAAAAAAGGUUUUUUUUUAUUGUUUUUUGAUGGGUGCUCGAGCUCACAGCCCACCUGGUGUUAAAUGCCGUCACCCAUCUUGAGAUUAAAGUUCUAAGGUCUCAGUAUAGUUAUAACAGCUACCCCAUCCUUCAUGCCGAAACACAUUACUACUUCACUCACGGCAGAGAUAGGUGGAGUGUUGAUACCUACCCGCGCGGACUCACAAGAGGUACUACCACCAGUAACUACGCAAAGCUUUGAUUUUUAUUACACGAUGUUAUUCUUUCACCGUGGAAGUCAAUCGUGAAAAUUUCUUAGUACGUAUUUUAUUAAACAUUCAGCUCAAUAGGUCUCUUUUAGAUUAGAAUAAGCGUUUGGCGGACGCGCGCCGUUUUUUUUUCAGUAAUGAAACUUCAUUCACUAAACCGAUUCGUAUCUCAAUAUCGAGGGGUGAAAGGCCAUUUGGUUUAAACAACAUUUUUGCAACAUUACAGGGGAGCCAUUUAGAAGUUUAAAAAUUGGAAAAACAAUGCCAAAAAAAAAAACUUUUUCACUUAUUUAAAUGAGAUAAACACAAUUGAAGUUCAUUUAAAAACAUCGAACUGCUUAUGCUAAUACCAAAUAAAACGGCCAAACCAAAUAGCCUUUCAUCCUUCGAUUUAUUUUUUCUAAACAAAGUUUUUUUUUAUUGCUUAGAUGGGCGGACGAGCUCUCAGCCCACCUGGUGUUAAGUGGUUACUGGAGCCGAUAGACAUCUACAACAUAAAUGCGCCACCCACCUUGAGAUAUAAGUUCUAAGGUCUCAGUAUACCUAGUUACAACGACCGCCCCACCCUUCAAACUGAAACGCAUUGCUGCUUCACGGCAAAAAUAGGCGGGGCGGUGGUACCUACCCGUGCGGACUCACCAGAGGUCCUACCACCAGUAAUUACGCAAAUUAUAAUUUUUGCGGGUUUUCACUUUUAUUACACGAUGUUAUUCCUUCACCGUGGAAGUCAAUCGUGAACAUUUGUUGAGUACGUAUUUCAUUAGAAAAAUUGGUACCCGCCUGCGGGAUUCGAACACCGGUGCAUCGCUUCAACACGAAUGCACCGGACGUCUUAUCUUUUAGGCCACGACGACUUCAAACUUUAAUUCGUUUUAGCAUUUGAAACGGAAAUAAUAUAAUAAAAUAGUACAUAUUUAUAACUUAUGUAUGUAAUUUGUAUAAUCUCGAUAUUAUUGCUAAAAAGUUGAUUGUUCACUUUUAAUAUUGUUUUUAAUAUUAUGUCGAGAAGAAGUAGACGGUAAUUGAAAGCAAAAAAAGUGAUAUCCGACCUUUUGGAUUUAAUAUCGCGAAUAAUUGAUGUGAAUUUAUUGGAAUACCACCUCUUUGUUCAGUGUGUCCAUUUUAAGUGUUUUAAAUAACUAGUUGUUACAUAAAAAUAACUUAAGACUUGUUUAUACUCAAUUGAAAUUUGUGUGUUCAGUUGGAAACGAUAAUACACUAACUUAUUGCGUUCGUAUAAUUUUAAUUACAACUAAACACAGUUUCAUGAUAAAAAUAAUAAUAAAGAAAAUUGGCCAAAAUAUUGUAAACAAAAGAUCUCAGGAAAAAGUUGGGUUAUUUCCUAUAUUGAUAUGAAGAUUAAUCUAUCGUUUGGUUUGAAUAGUUUUCACGAGUAUCUACACGUGGCUAAAACUGUUGUUCCAGUACCCAAACCUUCAUGACCACAAAAACUGAAAUAAUCGAAAGAUUGACUCGUGGUUAUCUUUCUGGUAAAACCCUUGGACUCUCCUGUACCCCCGGCUGUGUUGCCUCGUGUAAAAACAGUGUCACAUCUAGAAUCUAUAUGUCCGUAAUUAUUUUAAAUCUGCUUGCGGGGUAAUUGGCAAAGAACUAACGCGACCAACUUACUAACCAAGGAAUAUGUCCAAAAAGUACUACUCAUUUUUACGACUUAAUUCUUAAUUGCGUUCACAAAAAUGUCUCUUUUAUGGUAACUUAUUUGCUCGCCUCUUUGGUCGCGUAGUAUCGUAUCUAAAUAUCAAAGAUUUUAAUUGUACUUUUGCUUGUCUCGAAUGUAUUUUUGGUUCCCAAAACUUCGAUUAGGUUUUGUUUUUUAACGACGACAUGCACGAUUGAAAACAGGGAAAGUUUAUAUCGUGAAAGUACUUUCUAAUAAUUUUAGUUUACCUGAACGCCGCCUAGAAAAGUUUCUUUCAAUGACUUUUCUUCAUCCCAUGUGGUUAUGUAUCACAAGCCUUGCCUAGGUGUAAACCAAUAAAUGCGGCCAUCAGCGCAAAAGUGGCCUAACCCACAAUUUUGUAUAUUGAAUCUUGUAUGACGUAUGUUGGAAUUUAUUUAAAAUAUAAUAAAUUUUGAUGUAAUACCGGCCUAUGCAUAGUUUCAUCCAUAGAUAACAGAUAGUUUUGUAAACAUUAUUUUUGCGCGGAUUGUUUUUUUGCUUACUCAAAUUCAAAUUCAUGAAAAUUUAAACCUAAUUGCCUCCAUACUAACUAUGAUAAGCUUAGGCCACUUCUGCGCUGACGGCCUCAAAUGAGAACUUUGUUCUCAGUACGAGUGCUAGAAUGAUGCUUAUUUUCAUAAGUAUUGUAUUCACCGAUACAGGGUGAUGGUAAUUGGUAUCAAGUAAUUCAUUUGCAGCUUGAUUAUUUCGCAAUAAUUGAUUAUAAUCACAUAAUUAGUCAUAUGAUUAGCGACAUCCACUUUACUGCGGGAUCCAGGAUUCUCCAUCAGAGACAUUGUCCUUGUUAAAGAUGUUUCGUACUCGAGGUCUGAGUGGAGUUGUCGUAUGUGUGUGUUUGUGCGUUACGCAUAAAUCCCGCCGCCUUCGACUGUUUGAUGUGGAACAUUUACGUGAAGUUCCAAUACGUACAAUGUCCAAAUGCGCGGUAAGAUUGGUUCCCUUUCCUUUCUAAUCUAUUGACCUCAAAGACAAACCUCUUUUUUUGCCGAAAUGCAUGCACCGUGAUUUGAAGGGAAUAGCCAAUGUUCUAAUAAAAUGGACAGUUGAGUUCCUAUAAAAAAGGAGUUUGGAGGCCUACCGGUAACUCAAUCGGACGGUACAAAUAAUAUUGCUACUGGCUGAUGAUCUUUCUCGAAAACGAAAAUAUCAUCAAAUUUAUUGACAGUCCAGAAGACAAAUUUUCCCAUCAUAACGUAACGACUAAGAUAUCUUGCUAUUUCAUAACAAAUUACGUACACCCUGUAUAAAUAAUAAUAUGGAUGUAGUCACAUUUGACGCGCGGAUUAAACUCACACAAAUAUAUCGGUUGUAAUAAUUAGCGUGUGGCAUACUCAUUUUGUAAACGUGAUCUCAGAUGAAUAAAAUUUAUUUCCAUGAACGUAAAAGGCGAUUUUUCGUUUUCAUUUCAAAAUGCAAACACGAAGAAUUGUAGGAAUGCCAAAAAAUAUUUACGUUUUUACGGACUUAACCUCUUUAUAUAUUAAAAUGUUAGUAAUUAGUCUGUAGUACUCCUUAAUACGGUAGUUGACGAAUUGUAUUUACUAAGAACCCUGUCCAAUAAUAAUAAAAUAUGUAUAUAGACAAUAAUGUUUUAAAUAAUGUAUAAUUGUAGUAUAUUUUUGUUUACUCAUUUACAUAAUUCUUAAGACACUAGAGAGUUCACGCCAAUCUGUAUGUACGACGACGUACAUAUUUUUAUUAUAAAAUAGAAUUUUUAAAUAAUUCAGCUCAUUUUAAAUCAAACACAAAAUUCACGGGAUUUUCAUUCUCAAUAUAAUAAUAACACAUGUCAUUUUAUUGUAUACAGUAAGGGUUAAUUGUAAUGUAUGUGUUUAAUUGUAUAAGUAAUGCGUGUGCACUUUAUUGUUGAACCAAACCCUAAAUAUUUAUGUUACAUAAUAAUUAUAGUAAUUAGCACCAUAUUAUAUUUUUAAAUUGUGUGUCAAAUGUAUAGCCAUUGAUAAAGUAUGUAUGUUGUAUUUCAUCAAUGUUUUUUUUUUUUGUUCGAAUAAAAACUUUAUUUCGUUAUUUGUACGUUUAUAUUUUAUGAAUAGUUUUACGAUUUUGUGCAAUUUAUCGAUGCCAUUUUAAAUCUAAUAGAAUCGUUCAGUAACGUUUUUAAUUUGUUUAGUUUCCGUUCCGUUUUGGCGGUGAAAUAUGUUUACAGUCUUGAUUGGGUAUCCGAUUAACAUAUAUUGCGACCAGUGAAUAUUCUAAAGUCAUAAUUUUACCGCCAUAUUACAGCGCGAAUAAAUGUAAUAAAAUAUUUGUACUAUCCACGUUAUAUAUGUCGUAUAACACAAUGUGAUUCUCUGUGAUAAUAAAAUUGAUAUUUAUUAGAA